AUGACGACAACGAUUGCGCAUCGACGACCACGCAGUUGGUUGUACCUCGUCGAAUGUCUACGGGAUCCGCCGCGCAGCGACUUUGCGUUCGUGCCGCACCAGUACAUCUCAGCGCCGCUGCUCGAGCUCUCGCACGUGUCCGAGCUCUCUCCCAGCAACGAGAGCACGCCGGUCAAUUCUCGACCCGAGGACCGCCACAAGCGACAAGCGCAUCAAUGCAACGCCUUCUUCGCCCUCCACGUCGCUGCCAUGGGCAUAGCAGGCAUCGCAUGUACCUGGCUCAAGCUCUUCCCGAUUUCCCCCACAAGUCUCUACAACAUGCAAGUCGACGUCUUCCGAGCGCGUCGCGAGCACGCCGCAUUCUUUUUCCGCUCGUGUCUCCACUUGGGUACAGUGCUCGGCGCAGCAGCUGCGGGCUACUGCGGUGACCGUCUCGGACGAGCAGGCACGUUGGAGCUGGCGGCGCUGCCGUUUCUGAUUGGCUGGGUCCUCGUUGGGAUCGCAUUUAGCGAAUUCUCGGUUCUGAUUGGACAAUAUUUGCUCGGGAUCGCGGCAGGUAUCAUCCGUGUCAUUGUACCAGUCUAUUUAGCUGAAGCGAGUGCUGCGCAUACGCGUGGACGGGUCCUCUGCGUGCAACAGUUGCUUGCUUCGUUCAUUGGAACAAUCAGUUACGUGGCACUUGGCGCGCUUUUCAUGUCCAUGAGUCGGCAGUACGUGAGUUUCAACCUCAGUGAUUGGAAAGCACUGGCACUUGCGGGUGUCGUGCCGGCCUUGCUGCUACUGCUGCUCGCGCAAAAGCUCCCGGACUCGCCCACGUGGCUCAUUGCACGCCACGACGACCGCGAAGCGUCGUUUGAAGUGCUGUACAAACUCUUUAGCCGGGAUGAACGUAUCGCCGAGGACGAGACGAACGCUCUGAUUCAUGCAAAAGUCUUGGCUGCUACCGAAAGGCGCCAUCAUGGCGCGUUCUUUCGUCCCGUGCUCUUGUGUGCCGCACUCUUUUCGUUACGUGCAGUGAGCGCCUUUCUGCUCGAGCCAGCAAUCAUCUCUUCACGUACAGGAGCAAGCAGCGGUGGUGUCGGUGGAACGUACACGAACGGCUCGUUUGUCGUUACCAUUUUUGGUGUUGCAGUUGAAAGCACUGACGAAGGACUUAUGGCCGUGACGAUGACUGUCGCCGUCGCUGCUGCAGUGGGUGUGAGCGCGUGCUACUACCUCGUUGACACAAGAGGGCGGCUUGCGACGCUGCAGUGUGGAUGUUACUUGGUGACCCUCACUUGCGCAUUUCUAUUCAUGUCUACCUCGAAAAGCACUCAGUUGGGAAAAGACAGUAGCGUGUCGCUCAGUGAUUCCGGCUGGGCUGCCAUGUUGCUGGCCAAUGCAGGGCACCAGCUUGGCCUCGGAGUGUUGCCUGUGAUCAUGGUUGGUGAACUCUUCGCCGUGAAGCAGCGCGUUGGCGCUGUUAGUCUCGUCGUGAUCUGGGAAGCAGUUGUCAAUCUUGGACUUGCACACGCGCUCCCGAUGAUCCGCAAAGUCAUGCCGCACGCAGCAUCAGUCUUCGACGUCUGUGUCGGGAUGGUCGUGCUGUGCAAUAUCGCUGGACUUGUCCUGUCGUGGUGGUACAUUCCCGAAACCAGUCGACGCAGUCUGCAAGAUAUUGAAGCGAUUUUGUGCGGAUGGCGGCCUGCCACUCCUCGUCGCAGCACUUCCUCACACGUUCGGCUCGAAUAUGGCAGCAGUGACUAA